CUUCAUCUCUCUUGCUUUUCAUUUCUAAAGAAAAAAAUGGGAAAGCAAAGCAGAUCUAAGAAACCGGAGAAUCUAGGCAAAGGUAAAGUCACUCCGGUCCAAGUCGCAUUCAUCGUCGACCGUUACCUUUUCGAUAACAACUACUCCGAAACUCGUUCCAUUUUCAGAACCGAAGCUUCUUCUCUCAUCUCCAAAUCUCCCGUUCGAGAGGCGCCGAAGAGUUUGUUAAGUUUGGGGGCAAUGUUAGACGAGUACGUUUGUUUGAAAGAGCAAAAGGUGAUAGUAGAGCAGGAAAAGGCUCGUUUGGAGCAAGAAAAAUGCAGGGUUCAGUCUCUUUUGCAGGGAAUGCAAACUGUAAUGAACGCUUACAACGCAAGUGCCAUUGCACCCGUGCCUAUGAUCUCUCAUGCUAAUGCGACUAAGUCGGUAGGCCAGGUUCCUCAGCCAGAUCCAUGUUCUAGGUCUCCUCCGGGCCCUCCUGUGUGUAGCACACCAACUGUUAUUCCAUUAUCCGUUCCUUCUAAUUACAUAAUGGAGCGUGAUAAUUACUCUUCGCCAGUUACAAGUCAGCCAUUAACAAGAAAUAAGAGGAGUUCGGAGAUUGUCACUGAAGCCCCAACAGCUGCAAAGAAAACUCGUAGCAAAUUGACUUCUAGGAUGUUAACAUCCCAAGGAACAAAAAAGUUUCCAGAAUCUGACAAUGGAAUGAAUAGCCAAGUAGCUGGUCAGCUAAUUUCUGUAAAUCAAUCAUCAUCCCCCAAUUGCACAGCCAAUGAAUCAACAAUGCACGUAUCAAGUGUUGCCAAGUGUUUGUUCAAUCAGCCACAGCUGUCCCCUCCAACCAAUUCAUCAGGUCCUAAGACACCUCCACAAGCAGUUUCCCCUCAGAGUGAUAAAUCAAAGACUCCAUUGGAUGUUUCUUCAACUGCUAAUUGCAGUCACAAUAGUACUCCUCAAGAGAUCACUCCUACCAACUGUACUAUAAUUUCAACUGAGAGGGUUACAGUUAGUCCUUUAAAACAAAUGACAUGUUACACCAUUGAGAGGAACCAUUGCAUUUCUUCUUGUUCACCAGUUAAGGCAUGCUUAAAGAGGCUUGGCAAGAGGGAUCAUGUAAAAAGCAGGCUGGACUUUGAUGGUUCUGAUGCAACAGUGAAUGCGAACAAACCAAUAACAAAUGACACUUCAACAUCUGAAUCUGAAAUGGAUGUGGAUCUCUUUGACCUAGAUUUGCCUAAUUUAGAUGCUUUUGGAGCAAAUUUCUCCUUUUCUGAACUGUUGGUGGAUCUUGAUCUUGGAUGUGAAGGAAUUGGCUACACCUGUCAACCAACAUUGGGUACUGCAGAUGCUCUUUCAGGGUCAUCUCAUGAAUCAGGGGAUGGCAAUCUGGGGGCUAAUCGAGUCAUGUCAGAGUUUUCAUCUACUGUCACAGAACUGCUUUCAGAGAAAGACAUUAAUGCACAAGGAUCCGACACCGUGACUUCAGUGAAGUCUAUAACAAAAUGCAUAAAAAUAUUAAGCCCUGAUUGUGUAAUCAGGGCUGCUGUUAGCAGUUUGAUUGUGUAA